GUUCCUCACUACUCUGUCAAACACCUCCUUCUCACUCAGUUUAUCGACUGUGUUUGGGCGAGCAGAGUGAAGGAUGAAGACGGUGGCAGUGCUGGUGUUCCUUAGCUUCGGGGGUUUGGCUUCGGCUUCCCUCUUCCCCAAGUUCAUCAAACCCCGACCGAGAGAUCCAACCCAGUGCAAUGGAGCUGACUUGAAUGAGAUCGUGAACCAAUUCACGACCGAGAUCAUCCCAUUCGAGGAACUCAAGCGGCUGACCCUGGAGUGGUUCGAUACGGACCCCGAAAUGAGGAAACUCUAUGCCUGGGUCUCCAGCAUGGAAGUGAAGGAAGGUGUCUAUGAUGCCCUCCACGCCUUCCCGCCUUUCGUGAUAUUCCUGGAUAUCCUCCGUGACGGGAACAUAGACAUAGAUGCGUUCGACCAGGAACUGUUCGACAUUCUGGGUUGGAGUGAGGUCCAGAGGCAAAUGUUCGAUUAUCCCGAUUUCAACUACAUCAAUGACCUUUACAACGGGACCGUGGAGGUGGACUCAGAUAUCAUCCUUACGUGGCUCCUUAUGUGCAUCCAGUUUAAUACUCCCUUCAGGGAGCUCUUCGUCUACAUACAGAGCGAUGCUUUCUACGAGAUCGUCAGAUUCAUUUGGUUCAACGUGAUCAUCGAUGACCUCAUCAAAGAACUGGAGAACCAAGGAUUUGACGUGGAAGGCGACUUGGGUCUCGUCGCCGGGUUCCUGGGCUGGCCUUGGCCACCAACGUCAAUUAGAUCAUAAAAUGGGCUACUUUUGGAAAUAAAGUCAUGUCACGUUUAUAGACCGACGCCA